CGUUUAUUGUUAUUGUUAUUGUUUGACUUGGUAAUUUUAUUUUUUUUUCUUUUAAUUAUUAUUAACAAUAGUAAUAAUAAUUAACAAUAAUUAUUAAAUUUAUUUUUAAAAAUAAUUUAAUUGCAAAGAAGAAAUGCUCGGUAUGAAGAAAUAUUGUCGGCAACAGAUUGUAUGGCGUUGAAUGACGGAUGUAAAAUGAAUAUUAUGAAGAAAGUUAAAUUUCAAAGUUAAGAAUAUGAAGAUUUGACUUAAGAAGUAACAGAAGUAUAGAUAAAUUACAAGGGAAGAUAAUAUAAAUAAUAAUAGUUAAUUUAAAGAAGAAAGUUACUAACUUGUGAAGACGAACAAGAUUUUUUUAAUAGAGAAAAAAGUAUUGAGGAAAUUGAUGAACGUUUGAUAUUGGAUGGAUUUAUUUUAUCAUGUUCAAGUUCAAAAAUACUCAGCCUAAUGUCGUUGAAAGUAAUCCAAUAUGGGAAGAAUUUGUCGCACGAAAUCAAACGCCGACGGCAACUGCGGGACCGGAACACGUUUGGCGGAUCUUUGACGCGUACAAAAAAAGCGACAGACAAGAUGCAUCGGUGUUUGUAUUUGAAAAAAAGUCUGUCGAAAAAUUUCACAAACCAAAACACAAGGAGACAGUAACGGAAAUUUUGCGGAGAUGUGCGAGAAAUUUAGAAGAUUAUCGUCAUCCGAAAUUACUACAAGUAAUUCAUCCGGUAAAAGAAUGUGCAGAAACACUAGCAUUCGCAACAGAACCUGUCCUCGGAAGUUUAGCAAAUGUAUUGGCCUACAGGGAACAACAAGCUGCAACAUCAAUUCCAACCGCUGCUAAUCCAAACUCAAAUUAUGCGGCCGGCCAACAGAAUCCUCAUCAGCAGCCACCGGGACAUCGACCAAUUCUAAUUAAGAAAUAUGACAUGGUUUCCAUGGAAAUUAAAUAUGGAUUGUUACAGAUCACCGAGGCGCUUUCUUUUCUUCACUGCAAUUGCAAGGUCAUACAUAAGAACGUCUGUCCCAGUAGCAUUAUCAUAACGAAAAAAGGGACAUGGAAGUUAUUUGGCCUCGAAUUUAUCGAACGGACUAAUGACAAUGGCCUAGAUCCUAUUCCGUGUCACCCAUGGACCAAUAAAUUAUCUAAAAUAAUUCAACCAAACCUUGAUUAUAUUGCACCGGAAAUACAAUUAACAAAAUUAUGCAGUAUUCGCAGUGACAUGUUUAGUCUUGGAAUGGUUAUUGCUUCUAUUUACAAUGAUGGUAGACCACUUAUUCAAGCCAAUCACAGUAAUUCUGAUUACAUCAAACAAUUAGAUAACCUGAAUGAACACGUGGAGAAUCUUCUUCCCCGAGUACCCAUUGCUCUCCAUGAAGCCGUGUCUCGAUUACUGCACAAAGAUCCUGAGGCACGACCUAUAGCUAAACAUCUUUCGCUGAUCAAGUACUUCAGCGAUCCUUCAGUGCAUGCGCUACAAUUUCUUGAUGUAAUAAACAUGAAAGACCCGAAUCAGAAGUCACAUUUCUAUAGAAAUACUCUCAAAGAGGUGCUUCCUUUUAUACCUCUGAAAUUGUGGUAUCAACAUAUCUGGCCUUAUCUUCAAGCGGAAUCUAAAUCACAAGAAGUAUUUGCAUCAGUACUACAACCUAUGCUAUACAUUAUUCAGCAAAGUAGUUCUGAGGAUUAUGAAAAGAUAAUUUUACCAUCAUUUUGUGAGUUAUUUUCGAGCCCGAGGUCCGUUCAGGGGACUGUUGUGCUAUUGGAAAAUUUACAUGUUGUCUUUGAGAAAACCCCCAGCGAAGUAAUCAAGGGUGAAAUGCUUCCAGUACUUUAUUCAUCAUUUGAAAGCCCUAAUAUCCAAGUUCAAGCUGCGGCAUUCGUAGCAGUUUCGAAAGUAUGUGAAUAUAUCGAAGAAAACUCACUAAAAAAUAUCGUGUUACCAAAGUUAAUGCAGGCAUUCGAGGGUAGCACGACAGACUCUCGAGUUUUAAUGAAUUGUCUCUCAAGAAUUCUUGAGCAGUUGGAUACUCAGCAAAUAACAGACGAGAUAUUUCCUUUAUUGUGGGAGAUAAAACUUCAAGAGCCGGAUGCUGUUUUGCGGGUUGUAAACAUCUACAGGCUUUUGCUGAGUAACAAAAAAUACGGACUCUCGAUAAAUUUAUUAGCGACAAAAGUGAUGCCCAUUCUCCUCCCAGUCACCGUUAAUCCGUCCCUCAAUAUAGAUCAAUUCACGGUGCUCAUGGAGAUUUUGCAAGAUAUGCUGACACGCAUCGAGAGAAACCAAGCGAGCAAAUUGAAAUUAUCAAUGUCUAGUCCCGAGCGUCAUCGACCACUCAGACAUCAGUUUAGUACUGAAAAUAUGCAUGUGCCGCCAUUUAAUAUUCCCGGUUUGCGUAUUGAGCAGAGAAAGACAUCGUCUGCUGAAGACAUGGUUCGUAAAACUUCAAUCGGUUCAAUGUCGAUGACUGCAUCAGCUGAAAAUAUGACCAGGAAAAAUUCAAUAUCUGGUUUACUGGGUGGUUGGUGGUACGGUUCAUCAUCAUCAGCAAAUGAAGGUGGUUUCCUACGGGUCGCCAGUGCCUUCCCAAGCCGUCGUUUAUCAGACAAUACCCUUAUGACACCAAAGAUACGAAUUGCGCCGUCAUGCUCAAGUUCACCUGGAGGUACUCCUGGUGGUGGGUUGCCUAUUAGACGUCAUUCCAGUACGGGACCACAAGAACGCCGUGGGUCAAAUGUCAAUCUAUCACCUCCAACGGGUGGAAUGCCGACAACAAGUAGCAGUGUACCGUAUCUAUUGAGCUCGAGUAUGACAAGCAUUCGCAAUUCCCGUCGGCCAUCAGUGUCAUCAACAACAUCCCAACAAGGAUCAGGUCUACUGCAACAAUUUGGCACCGGCAUGUGCCAAUUGUUCUCUGGUCGUUCUUAAACAAGUGGCUCUGUGGAUAUUGCGGUGUUGGUUGGUUAUCAAGCGUGCAUACUCAUCAAUAUGUCAGUACACACCAACAUGCAAUUAUUAUCAUCACAACAGUAGUAAUAAUAAUUAAAAUAACAUUAAUAGUUGCAUUAUUAAUAAUCAUCUUAAUAUCAAGAAUAAAUACCCGACACUCUGGCAUUACUGCAUUAAAUAAAUUGCAGAAUCAACGGGGUAAUUGGGAUCAUUAUUAUCCAGCGGAUGAUGACAUUACACCAUCAACGAACCAAGUAGCUAUUGUCGUUACUAUUGAUGGAUCUUCAGGUUCAUCAUCCACUGAACAAAUACGCCCGCAAUAAUAAUUAUUAUUAAUAUCAUUUACACCUUUA